AUGUAUGGUGCUGCAACAGCGCUUGAUACGCUUUGCUCGCAAGCUUAUACAUCUGGUAACAUGAAAAUGGUUGGAGUAUAUUUACAACGUGCCAUUAUCAUAAAUUUAUUAGGGUUUAUCCCUAUUGCUUAUAUUUGGUGGGAAUCAGAAAAGAUUUUAAUCUUCUUUCGUCAAUCUCCCGAAAUUUCUGCACAAGCUGCUUUAUAUCUCAGAUAUUUAUUGAUUGGAACUCCCGCAUAUUUGAUGUUCGUAAAUUUGGAGAGAUAUUUACUAGCCCAAGGGAUAAUGAAUGCUAUUACAUAUGUAUUAAUAAUCUGUUGUAUAAUUAACGCAUGCUUAAAUUUCAUGUUAGUUUGGUAUAAACCACUAUCACUUGGUUUUAUUGGAGCACCUAUUUCCACAUCUAUUACCUAUUGGUUAAUGCUUUUCUUUCUUGUCAUUUAUACUAAAUUCAUUAAUGGAUAUCAAGCCUGGGAUGGAUGGUCACGUGCUGCAUUUCGUGGUUGGAAACCUAUCCUUACAUUAAUGAUUCCUGGUAUCUUUAUGGUUUGUUCAGAGUGGUGGGCACUUGAAUGUAUAUCUUUUCUUGCUGGAUAUCUUGGUGAACUUUCACUUGCAUCUCAGGGUAUAAUAACUUCUACACUUAAUAUGUUAUAUCCAAUACCAUUUGGAGUCUCUGUAGUAGCAUCAAAUCGUGUUGGAAAUUUAUUAGGUGCUGGUUUAGUAGAAAGAGCUAAAAUGACUUCAAAACUUUUUAUGCAAAUCGCUAUUAUUAUUAGUUUAUUUAAUGCUGCCAUCAUGAUAGGCUUCAAGGAUAUUUUGGGAUACAUCUUUACCUUUGAUGAUGAUGUAGUCAAAUAUACGUCUUAUGCCUUAAUAUUUACUGGACUUUUUGUGAUACCCGAUGGUAUAAACACAGUCGGAUCUGGUAUUCUUCGUGGGCAAGGGCGUCAAAAUAUUGGUGCACUUCUUAACACCCCUGGAUAUUUCUUUGUAGGAAUACCUAUUGGUAUACUUGCAGCUUUUAAAUUUAAAUAUGGAUUACGAGGACUUUGGAUUGGAGAGAUGAUAUGUUCAUUUAUAGUUUGCAUCAUUCUUAUUAUUAUUAUUUGUAGAACUGAUUGGCAACGACAAUUAGAGGAAUGUAAAAAGCGAAUGAAAAAAGACAGGGAUAGAUUUGAAUCUAUAAUUAGCAAUGACCCUGAUUUUUAA